GGCUUUCUGAAAAGCUUCUAAGUCCCAGUACCUCUUCCAACUCUCUUCUGUUUUAAGGAUUCUUUCUAAAGGUUUGAGUUUUUUUUUUUUUCUUCCCCUUUUUACUGGAGAGGCUUUGGUUGGAUAUUUUUCUCUGCCUUGCUUCUUCAACCCAACCACCUCUCAUUACGCUUUAACUUUUCUGUGACUUGUUUCAACUUGACAUUGGGAGUGAAUACAUACCUAUAUACAUACAUACAAAUACACAUUUAUAUAAAUAUUUACAUAUAUCUAUAUAAAAUUAUUUUCUAAGAGCACAUCUCUUUGGCACUUUUCAUUGAUACCUCUGUCCUUUACCUCUUUGGGAUUUGACAAGCUCGACUCUGGCUGUGGAUUCUGAUUCCUUUGCAAAUGGGUAUUUCUUCACAGGAACUGGGUUUCCAGCACUCACUAAGACAGACCUCUGAGUAACUGGGGACUUGGCCUGCCUUGCCUACUGAGCUUGGGGCAGAUCGGAUGGAGAUGAGUUGGUUAUAUUCUAUGAAGUAAUAGCUCACCACCAGCCAGGGUUUAAACUACUUUUGCAGCAUCACUUCACCUGUGGACUCUUCUAAAUUUUGCUUCCUUGGGGGAAAAAAAAACUGGGGUAAGAGAAGGUCGUUUUUAACAAGUUAGCAUCCUUCUCCCUCUUUGAUAAGUUGAUGCAAAGGAUAAGGCUGUGACUCCACUGGAUUUCACCUUCAAAUCAAAAUAGGAGAAGAGCAAGAAGAAAGGGACAAUGGCUUUAAGUGGAAACUGUAGUCGUUAUUAUCCUCGAGAACAGGGGGCUGCAGUUCCCAACUCCUUCCCUGAGGUCGUGGAGCUGAAUGUCGGGGGUCAAGUUUAUUUCACCCGCCAUUCCACAUUAAUAAGCAUCCCUCAUUCCCUCCUGUGGAAAAUGUUUUCCCCAAAGAGAGACACGGCUAACGAUCUAGCCAAGGACUCCAAAGGAAGGUUUUUCAUUGACAGAGAUGGAUUCUUGUUCCGUUAUAUUCUGGACUAUCUCAGGGACAGGCAGGUGGUCCUGCCUGAUCACUUUCCAGAAAGGGGAAGACUGAAAAGGGAAGCUGAGUACUUCCAGCUCCCAGACUUGGUCAAACUCCUGACCCCUGAUGAAAUCAAGCAAAGCCCGGACGAAUUCUGCCACAGUGACUUUGAAGAUGCCUCUCAAGGAAGCGACACGAGAAUCUGCCCUCCUUCCUCAGUGCUCCCUGCGGACCGCAAAUGGGGCUUCAUUACAGUGGGCUACAGGGGGUCCUGCACUAUGGGCAGAGAAGGGCAGGCAGAUGCCAAGUUUCGGAGAGUUCCCCGGAUUUUGGUUUGCGGAAGGAUUUCCUUGGCAAAAGAGGUCUUUGGAGAAACUUUGAAUGAGAGCAGAGACCCUGACCGAGCCCCAGAAAGAUACACCUCCAGAUUUUAUCUCAAAUUCAAGCAUCUGGAAAGGGCUUUUGAUAUGUUGUCAGAGUGUGGAUUCCACAUGGUGGCCUGUAACUCCUCAGUGACAGCAUCUUUUGUCAACCAGUAUACAGAUGACAAGAUCUGGUCAAGCUACACUGAAUAUGUCUUCUACCGUAAGUACAAAGGGUUCUUUUGA